AUGUUUCUACAACCAGCAUAUGUAUUAGCUAUAGCCAUCGUUUUUUUUACUACAAGCCAUGGAGAAUUUGAUACCAUUUUGUGUCCGGAUGGACCGACUCCAUUCACGCUGGAUUCAAAUUGGCGCCCUAUACCACAACGCUUUGAAAUAAUGACCGAAUAUGUUUCAGAAAAUGAUGUAAUGGAAUUAUCACAAGCUUUUUCAACAACGCGUGACGCUAUCGCAAUAAGUUCCACAGCAGCUCAAGUACAAGCUUAUUGGAAUUUUGUAACUAAUGAAACAUUCGACGUGCAAACUGCUGUUGUCGCUCAAAGUGCACUGCCAAUAUGUUCACGACAGCCGAUUACUUCUCAAUCAGAAACAAGUAUUGUUCUACCAAAUACUCUGCUACUUAAACCAUCAAUUCUUCUCGGUUAUGAUCCAAAUAAUCAAAUUAAUUCUCAAUGGGGUAUUCGUUAUGAUGGUGAUGAAAUUUCACGUGGUAUACCUGCAAAUCGAUUUAAAUCAUGUUUUUAUGUAAGGGAUAUCAAAGCAACAGUAUCAGCUACUUAUUACGUUUCUGAUGUCAACAAAUUUCAAGCUUAUUUACCAAAAAAUACAAGUAUUGUUUUAAAAUUAGAUGUGACUGUAACACAUCCAAGUAAAGGUCGAAAAUCAUAUACGUACAAUAUUUUCCGUUAUACACCUAAUCCCGGAAGAGGUGAAGAACGUCAAGCAUUAGAAACACCAACGGGUGUAUUUUGUGCAGAUCGAAUAUCAACACUUCCUGUACCAUCGAAUAUUCCUGAAAGAGUUAGCGCAAAUUCUGAAUUUUUCGCACUAAAUUCUAAUAAAAGUUCCAUAAUUAGUACACAUAAUUUAUAUGAUACAGAAUUUCAAUUUACUCGUUUUGAUGUUUGGUAUGCUGAUCCUAAUGGUGGAUCAAGAUGGUUUCAUUAUACUGAAAUUCAUGAUUUUGCUGUUGGUCUUAGUUAUCAAUAUAAUCAUAGCAAUGAUCAAUGUACAGUUCGUGAUAUUAAUACAGACUUUAAUGACGCUGUACCUACUACUGAUCAUCCAAAUUUAUUACAAAUGGGUAGUCCUCAACAUACACUUUUAAUGGAUGAUAUGACAUACCAAUAUACUGGUGAAAAACAAUGUCGUGAUCGAGUUUGGUGUCAUGUAUGGAUUGGUGAAAAACUAGGAGUAAAUAAUACCGCUGAACAUCGAGAAUGGUAUUGGGCAUCGAGGGUUAAUCAUGAAGAAUUACAACAGCCGAUUCCUACGAAAUUAGUCAUAAAACGAUAUUCAUCUGUAGGUCUACUUUUUUCUUUUGAAUUCAAUUUUUUCAAUUUUCGUCGUCGUCCAAUGACAAUAUUUGAAAUUGAUUAUACAUUAGCUAAUUGUUAUCGUGCUUUGGGUCCAGCUGCAAAUUACAAUCUUGCAGUUUUGUCAUUUAAAAUAGCAAAUGAUAAGAAGUAUCCAGUAUUUCAAAAUCAAAACUUUUUACGUCUUCACAUCUUUGAAACAUUAAUGUUUACAAUAUUUGUUCGACCAAUACGUAUCUCAAAUUUAAUUGUCGAUCAAGAUAAUAAUGAUAUUUUAGUUACGUUUACAUUACUUGAUGUGCCACCACGUACUGGACCUGUGGAAGCUCCAUUAAAAGAAUACUCAUUAGAUAAAGUUAUCGAACGUCUUGCAACAGUAAUUGAUGCUGGUGGUCUUGGUUUUCGUGCUCGAUAUGAUGGAUCAAAGCAAGUUAUUCUACGUGCACGUGCCAAGUCACUUAAUGUUGCUCAAAAUAAACAAGAAAAAAUUACUAAUAUAAGUUCAAAAGUAACUGGAUUUUGGAUUGGUUUUGUUGUUCUUGGCCUCUUAAUUGGAACAGUUGGCAGUUUCUUUGUAUUUCGAAAAAUUACACAAUAG